AUGACACAAAACCUUCCUCUUCCACCCCCCGGGACGAUUUCUCUCGCCGCAUUCCGCGAGGCGCUCGGACUAUACCCCUCGCUGGUCGAGAAGGUGUAUAGAUCCAAGUUGAAGAACGACGACAAGAAAGUCACUGAGGCGUUGAAGCGCGACCGCUGGAGGUUUGAGGAGUUGCCUGCCGCUGUUGCUGCUGCUGCUGCUUCUGAAGGUGCUGGCGGUGCUGGUCCUGCGCCAGCGUCCAAGACGGACAAGAGUAAGACGAAGCAGACGAAGAAGAAUGGAUCUUCCGGCGCGCAAGGUAGCGGCGGCGGCGGAGGGCUGACGAAAGAUGAUGUUGAGAGGUUGGUGCAGUGGAAGAUGUGA